UUUUUUUUCUUUUUGUCAAGAUGAAGAUCAAUCCUCGCGUAUACUUUGAUAUUGACAUUGAUGGCAACAGAAUUGGCCGAAUCAUUAUGGAGUUGUUUGCGGACGAAGUUCCCAAGACAGCAGAAAACUUUCGUUAUUUAUGUACAGGUGAAAAAGGUCUUGGUAGAGUAAGCAACAUGCCACUCCAUUACCGAGGAUCUAUCUUUCACCGCAUCAUCAAGGGCUUCAUGUGCCAAGGAGGUGAUUUCACACGUCGUAAUGGCACAGGAGGUGAAUCUAUUUAUGGUGCCACCUUUCCAGACGAAUCCUUUUCACGCAAACACGAUACACAUGGUUUACUGAGCAUGGCUAAUCGUGGGCCCAACACCCAGAGCUCUCAGUUUUUUAUCACAACGCGACCUACGCCUCAUUUGGACGGUAAGCAUGUCGUCUUUGGUCGCGUUGUCUCUGGGUAUCCUGUAGUGGAACGCAUGGAGAAUGAACCUGUGGAUAGUCAUGACAGACCAUUGCAUAAUGUGAUGAUUGCUAAUUGUGGUGAAUUGGUCCUCAAGUUACCACCAGGCGUUCAGCUCAAACAAGAGAAAAAGAGUAAAGAAGUCAGUUCAGAGAGUGAAUCAGACAGUGAAAGUGAGGAAGAGUCAAAGCGAAAGAGAUCAGAUUCAGAACAUGAAGACGAAAAGAAGAACAAAAAGAAGCGAAAGCACAAGAAACAUGACAAAAAAUCAUCAAAAAAGCAUAAAAAGCAUAAAAAAGACAAGAAAUACAGUGAUGAAGAGCAAGACAGUGAUCAUAAAGAAAAAGAGAAAAAGCAUGAAGAAGAGCAAGCUAGACGUUAUCGUGAAUAUAGAGACAAAAAUGCAGAGAAGCCAGAAUGGGAACAAAAGAGAAGGUUUGAUGAUGAUCCUAAUGUGACAUUCAAAGGAAGAGGACAUGUGAAAUACCAUCGUUCAGUGGGCAAUAACAGAAGAAGAUAUUAAUAAAGAUGCUCUGUUCCUUCAUUAGACAAAACUUCAAAAUGAUUGUUGUCGGACUUUGAAAUAGGCCAGAUUCUCGACGUUUCUUUUUUGAUAAAUAAAAAAAAAAAAAAAA